AUGUUAAACAAGACAGUAUCUUGGCCGCAAUGGGUUCCGAUCUUGUCUUGGAUUACCGGCUGGGUUAAUGUCGCGGGUUGGGUUGCGCUGGUGGCCACCAACUCCCUUCUUUCAAGCCAGUUGAUUGCGGGAGUAGUCUCCGCGGUAUAUCCGGACUUUGAAUGGCAGCGAUGGCAGCAGUUUCUCAUUUACGUGGGUAUCACAUUGGGCGCGUUCGUGAUUAACGCGUUCAUGAAUUCUGUGCUACCACUCAUCUACCGUGGCGCUUUUACUUGGUCGAUUGGCGGCUUUGUUCUGGUUUCUAUCACUGUGCUGGCGUGCGCUUCUCCAGACUAUAACUCUGCCUAG